AUAUAGUCCGUCACAUACAUACCAACCAGCUUUCCCACGCUGUGUCUAACUGAAAAGCAGGCCAGAAAUACAUCUAUUAUAAAUCUAUAACUCCCAAACAGCAGCCAUGGUUCUGGAAGACGACUAUGACGCAGUCUUUGACACCCACGUUACUGAAGAGCAUGUGGAGACUCACUAUGGGGACGUCCACUGCAUCAUGUCAGGGACUGCGAGGGCAAAUCGCCCUGCCAUCCUGACUUUCCAUGAUGUUGGACUAAACCACAAGUCUUGUUUUGAGACUCUGUUCAAUCAUGAGGACGUGCAGGAAAUCAUUAGACAUUUACCCGUCUUACAUGUUGAAGCACCGGGACAACAUGAGGGAGCCAAGAAUCUGCCUGCUUCGUAUAACUAUCCUUCCAUGGACCAGCUCUCUGAAGCGCUGCCUGCUGUCCUCAAACACUUUAACCUGCGCACCGUGAUCGGCCUGGGAGUUGGAGCAGGGGCAUACAUCUUGGCUAAAUUUGCUCUGAAUCACCCUGAUUUGGUGGAUGGAUUGGUCCUGAUCAAUAUUAACCCAAAUGCUGAUGGCAUUAUGGAUGCAGUUGCAAACAAGAUUACUGAUUGGACCCACACACUCCCAGAUAAAGUCAUCACACACUUGUUUGGAAAGGAUGAGAUCCAGACAAACCAUGACCUUGUGGCUACAUAUCGUCACUACAUCACAACAACAAUGAACCAGCACAAUGUGAUUCAGUUCUUCCACUCCUACAACAGCCGCGGUGCUCUGGAGGUGGAGAGACCUGUUCCUGGAGCCAACAUCAAUGCCAGGACCCUCAAGUGCUCCUCUCUCCUGGUUGUGGGAGAUAAUUCUCCAGUUGUGGAAGCUGUGGUUGACUGCAACUCUAAGCUCAACCCCAACAAGACCACACUGCUCAAGAUGGCAGACUGUGGAGGACUUCCUCAGGUAGAUCAGCCAGCCAAGGUGAUCGAAGCCCUUAAAUACUUCAUCCAGGGUUUGGGAUACUUGUCGAGUGCCGGUAUGACCAGACUCCGCUCACGGACAGCCUCCGGCUCCAGCGUCACAUCUUUUGACGGCUCUCGGAGCCGCUCGCACACCAACGAGCUGCAGCGCGGCCGAACACAGUCGCACGGCGCCGAGGAGAAGCGCGGCCGCACAAACACCGACGUCUCCAUGGAGAACGUUUCCGUUGCCAACCAGAGCCUCUCAAAGAAUACUGAAGUUGCAUGUUAGAACUCAUACAGCUGUUUGUUUCUUGCACUUAAUUCAAAUUAUGCCUCAUUUUAUCCUUACUUUCCCUUCUCUAACCAAUUUCCAGUAAUUCAUGGAUUAUAUUCCCUUUGAUCUGGUCUGAAAAGCCCCAGGUCAUGAGACUUUCUUUCAUAGUUCCCCUCUACCUCUAAUUUUCACUGUGUCUUUUUUCAUCCAUUCAUGUCCUCCCUCCCAUCAUGUUUCGACAUAGGUUCAGCUACAGGCUUCCUUAUUCUUUUGUCUUUUUCUUUUGUUAGCUAAAUAAAGUAGAGGAGGACACAAGAAAGAUGAAAAAUGAAUCUUAACCUAUCCUGUUUUAUGUAAAAUUAGGAGAUUUUGUGAAAGAUGUACAUUUUAUUAUACUACUUUCUGUGACACGUGCAUGUUCAUAACUGUAGGAAUGAGUGUGAUAUUGUACAGCUCUAACAGCUAUGCAUUAUUAACUGCAGGAAUGUGUUAUGGCAAGCCAAUGUAGUUCACAAAUUUCUUUGAAAUAGGCGUUUUUUUCAUAUGCAAAAUAAAGGUAUAUAACUCAA